CGCGCACUCGUGCCCAUUUUGUCAAGCAACUGUCCAAACAAAAUCAUUUUUCUGAAAGUCCGAGCUCCGUGCGGAAAAUCGUUUUCCUUGAGUUUUUCCGAGUUUUGCGAGUGAAAAACAAGAUGCAAGCUGCUCGUCCCCUGUCUCUGGUCGCCCGCAAUGCGGGCGUCCUCUCCCGGGCUUAUCAUGGACCGAGCAACUUCCGGGUGUACACCAUGAACGACAUGCCCGUUCCAGAGGGAGAUUUCUUCGAGGAACACCGCCGCAAAAACCGGGUGUAUAACACCGUGCUGGCGGCCGGGAUCGUGAUCUUCGGAAUUACGUUCACCGUGGCCAAGGAAAGUGGACUCAUCUUCUUCAACUACAACCCCCCGAAGAGCCUCGAUUAAGCCCGGAGGGUUCAGACGGUAGCCGACGAACGUAUCCUUAGGCUGUCAUGGGAAAAUAAAGAAACAUGAUUUAGCCAGUA